AUGGAUUCCAACACAGCAUCUCUGACCCCUGAGCAAUUGGAGCUGGUUAAAUUUGGAAGUUUGGGCUCAAAAAAGUUAAGAAGACUUUAUUUUAACUCUGUUGAGUCAAACUCGGGUGAAGCUUCUACGCUUAAUCCCAAAGUCACAGCCGCUGGCGCAACUGGUGAUAGACCAGAAAACGCCGCUAACACCAAUAUAGAUGUUAAAUUGAAUUUAGAUUUAAAUAAUUAUUUAAAAAGAGACUUCAACAGCGUUUCUAAAACUGACAGUCGCAGCACUGAAUAUAAAAGGUCAGAUAAAAAGAAUGAUACUGAGAAGGAGUGGGCCGCGAUAAGGGAGGCUGAGCCGACUCACACAGCUUUGAGGGAGUGGAAGUCAAUACAGCUGAGAGGAUUCGUGGAUCCCAAAAGGUUCUACAAAAAUACGAAGAGUAAGCUGGAAGAGAUGCCCAGGCAGUUCCAAAUAGGGAAGAUAGUCAGCCAGUCGAAGAGCAUAAACUUUGGCAACAUUGAGGACGGCAGCAAGUCGACGCCGAGUGGCUCCACCAGUCAGUCGAAAGGCAGGAGAAGAACGAGAAAGAAGCCGAGCUUGAUAACAAGCAUGUUGAAGGACGACAAGGGCUGGGUGAACAAGAGGUACAACGAAAUACAAAGUGAAAAGACUAAGGGGUCUAAAGGCUGGUACCAGCGCCAGCUGAAAAAAAGGAAACGAGGAUAA